AUGGCUGCAGUGAGCCUCAUCCAGACCCUGGAACAGGCGCCACAUGCGCUUUUACAACCCUCACCUGAUGUAGCUCUGAGCGCGAUCUCACUUGCCAAAGAACUACUUGACCCACUCGCCCAAGACAUCGCUCGAUUGCAGUCCACACGGCGAGAUGAGAACCGCAGAAAGAGGAAGAGAGGUGAGGAUGGACCGCAAGAAAACGUCCUCCAGUUGCGGACAGUCUAUACCCAAGGUCUGGCUGUGAAACAAAUUUGGGAACAGACAAGACGAGUACUCGAUGCAGCAUGCGCUGAGGUGGAGCGAGUGAUCCCUCAGCAGUCUCCAGAAGACCUAGACUCAGUCGACAAUGACCAGACAAACGACGAACACGACGGCACUGACGACCCAGAAGUUGAUGGCUUUGGCGACGAAGACGUCGAGGUUUCGGAUGACGAUGCGGACAGCCUUGAGAGCGAAGAGGAAGACGACGAGGACAACGAUAUGCUGGCUGAAGACGACAUGGACUAUGAUCAACCUAGCGAAGAAGAUCUUGCAGCUGCCGAUCAUGUCGAACUCGAGGAUGACAUGUCUGACGUUGACCACGGUCGCGACGAAACUUGGAAGCAGGACCCGAACGGCCUCAACGAUGGCUUUUUUUCAAUAGAUGAUUUCAAUCGCCAGUCACAAUUCCUUGAGCAGAUUGACACCCGUGGCGAUGACGAUAAUCCCUCUGAUGAGGACGAUGUUGACUGGGACGCUGAUCCGUUGGCGCAAUCUUUCUCCAAGCUCAAACGGUCUGACCAAGAGGAAGGCCAAGAAUCUGACGAUCCAGGCGAGGAAGAGGACGACGGGCCGACCUUUGGAGACGCCGACCUGAAUGCCCCAGACACGGAUGACGACGAGGAUGGUGAACAAGAGGGAUAUCUUGAGGAUGGCAUGCCGUCUCUGAACAAUACAAACGACAUUCGUUAUGCAGACUUCUUCGAACCUCCACCAAAAAAGCUCUCAAAAACCAAGCGCAUGCGAGCAUUGCCGAAGACACAGCCACCCAAAGCAGGUACAUCACAGAACGCCGACCUGGACCUAGACCAAGACGUUCAACGCGCCAUGAAUGAUGUCAAUCGCGACAUCUUCGCCAGCGAGUCCGAAGGGGAAGCUUCUGAUUCAGACGCAUCUGGACCACAAUCUCGCAAUUUAUCUACACACGAGAAGCAACGGGCUAAGAUAGCUGCGGAGAUCCGUCGUCUUGAAGCUGUGAGCGUUGCCAAGCGUGAUUGGACGCUCUCCGGCGAAGCCAGAGCAGCUGAUCGACCACUGAACUCUUUGAUCGAAGAAGAUCUCGAUUUCGAGCGCGCUGGGAAGCCUGUCCCGGUAGUCACCGCAGAAACGUCGGAAGAAAUCGAGCAAUUGAUCAAGCGACGUAUUAUUGCCCGCGAGUUCGACGAAGUGGUCCGCCGCCACCCCGACUCUAUCGGAUCCGCAGCCGAUCAGCGCCGAGGCCGUGUCGAAGUCGAUGACAGCAAGCCGCAGUCUGGCCUCGCAGAAAUUUAUGAAAACGAACAUCUCAAAGCCAAUGAUCCUAAUUACGUUGACCAGCGGUCUAGGGCAACGAAGAAACAACACGCCCAGAUCGACACCCUCUGGAAAGAGGUCUCCUACCAACUGGACUUGCUCAGCAACUUGCACUUCAAGCCCAAGCGCGUCGAGGCCGACGUCACAGUGGUGGAGGACAAGCCUCGUAUUGCAAUGGAGGAUGCGCGGCCAGCAGGCGAGGGCGUCGAGGAGCAGAGCAUGCUGGCGCCGCAGGAGGUGUAUCGGGCUGGUACAACGAAGACCGCGGGCGAGGUCAUAAGGAAGAGCGGGGCGGCAGUCAGUAAAGAGGAGAUGAGUAGGGAGGAGAAGCGCAGAAAGCGGAAUCGCGAAAAGGAGAGGGCGAAGAAGGGCAAGGUGAACCAGGGAGUGGAGACAGUGAAGCCAGGCAAAGAUGGUAAAGAGAAGAAGAGCAAGCGCGAGGAGAAGCGGGGGAUCCUAGAGGAGCUCAAAAAGGGCGGUGUCAAGGUCGUCGACAAGAAGGGCGAACUGCAGAGUCUCUUUAAAAAGACGCAGGAUAGGAGCGCGGCAUCGAGCUCGGCACUCAAGUUGUAG